UAAGGUCAGUCAGGUUAGUCUGGUUUGGUUUGUCCGUUUGUAAUUUGUUUUGUAACCUGUACUCUCCGAUUGGUGAAAUUUGUUCUCCCCUGCGCCUGUGGAUUAGCUAGCACACAUAUUGUGUUAGUGAACCACGUUAAAUCUGUGUUCGUUCGUGUUGGUUUGGAUUAUCGGUUGCCACGCUUCUCUGUUCUGACAAAGAGAUCAAUCAUGGCCGCCGAGAACGCCAACAGUACUGCCGAUGCUGUCAACAACGGCAAUAGUGCCGACGCCGCUGCCAAAAAAGCCGGCGCUGCUGCUCCACAAGUAGUGUUCCGGUGUGCAGCGUGCCCUCGGGAAUUCGAUAAUGCAUGGGACCGCGCUAUGCACGAGCGGGAUGAUCACCAUCAGGGUUACUACGAUUCCGAUGUUUGGUGUAACAUCUGCGGGGAGAUUUUCAGCGAUCUGUCCGGGGUGAUUGCGCACCAACACCACUGCCACCUCGCCGAGGCUAGCUUACUCUGCCCCUGUCAGCGCCGCUUUCGUAGGUUUGAGGACGCGGCGCAGCACAUGAUUCGCCGUCACAGCUAGCGUCGUAGUAGUUGUUCGUCGCAAUUAGCUAGCUAGUGUGCCAGCCAAGUUAGGUUGUCUGUCCGGGUUGUUAGCCUUAACUAAUUUACUAUUCUGUAGCUUGUUAUUCAAUGUUUUUAAUUUAUUAUGUAUUGGUUUUCUGUUCUGUAUUUCCCAUAGUUUAGCGAUCGAGUGCCAACUAUUGGGCUCCCAGUCAUGCAUUAAUCAUUAUGAGCCUGCCCAAUUCCUCUUUUUGUGCUUUAGUGGACAAGUUUAAACAACAACGUAAGAAGUUGAGUUGAUUGUUAACGGAUUUGUUAGCCUAGCCUGUCAUGAAAUAACUAAAACUGUUCCCAAGGCCAUGCAUUGUAGGGUGGCUAUACGGUCCGGUCCGGUUAAAUUGGACCAAAUUGAUCCGGUCCCAGUCCGGUCUUUUCGGGAAUAUAAGGACCAAAGAUUG